CUGAUAAACACUUGCAGCUGGAGUGGGGAGUUGCAGCUUGAAAACUUUUCAUCUCCCUAUUUAAAAAAUAGUUGUGUAGUGUUCGUUAUCAAUACAGUAAGAAGGCAUUUCUUAUCAAUAGGUUGUUAUCUCUUGGACACAAUGCCUGUAGCUCACAAGACAGGAACUGUGAAAUCCAAGCAGGGGUCAAAUGCUCAGUCCCAGAAGGCUCCUGCAGCAAAGGCUGCAAAAGCUGCCAGCAAGAAAAAGGAUGAGGAGGAUGGAACAGAGACGGGUGAAGGAGAUGAGUGGAUGCAAGGGAAGACUCUGAUCAAGCCACCUGACCAGCUGGAUCUCACUGAGGCUGAGUUAAAAGAGGAAUUCACCAGGAUCCUGACUGCAAACAACCCACAUGCCCCUCAGAAUAUUGUCCGAUACAGCUUCAAGGAACGUUCUUACAAGCCAAUCAGCAGUGUGGAUCAGCUGGCUGUCCACUUUGUGCUGGAGGGUAACCUGUUGCACCAGGACUCAGAUGAGGCACGCAGACAGAGGGCUAAACAGGGCCUCCCUGAGGAAAAGGCCACAGUUGAGACCACUGUAGCUGAAAAACCUGAGACUCCGGCUGCAGGUGAGGAGGAUGCAGGGGACGCGGAGGAGGGCGGGGGAGAGGAGAGAGCUGACAGCGUGGAGUCCAAGGCUGGAAAAAAGGAGCAGAAAAUCACCAACCAGUUCAACUUCAGUGAGAGGGCCUCCCAGACCCUCAACAACCCACUCAGGGAAAGGGGAUGUCAGACAGAGCCCCCUCCUCGUGCAAACUUCUCAGCUACUGCCAAUCAGUGGGAGAUCUAUGACGUGUAUUUGGAGGUGCUGCAGAAGCAGGAGAAGAACAAGGAGAAGGCGAAAGCGGUCCCCAAGAAGGACGACGACAAGGGCAAGAAGAAGAUGAUGCUGGUGGAGACACAGAGUGAUGACAUCACCAAAGUGGCCAAGGUGGCCAAGAUCAUCGAGCGGAUGGUGAACCAAAACACGUUUGACGACAUUGCACAAGAUUUUAAGUACUUUGAGGAUGCUUCUGAUGAGUACCGGGAGCAGGAGGGCACCCUUCUCCCCCUCUGGAAGUUUCAGUACGACAAAGCCAAGAGGCUGUCUGUCACCGCCCUCUGCUGGAAUGAAAGCUACAAAGAUUUGUUUGCCGUGGGCCUUGGAUCAUACGACUUCACCAAGCAGGGGCGGGGCAUGCUGGUUUUCUACUCUCUGAAGAACUCCACCUUCCCUGAGUAUAUCUACCCCACGCCGUCGGGCAUCCUGUGCCUGGACAUCCACAAGCACCUGCCCUACCUGGUGGCCGUGGGCUUCUACGACGGCUGCGUGGCCGUCUACAACCUCAAGGAAGAGAGCCUGCAGCCCAUCUAUAAGAGCACCGCCAAGUCUGGCAAGCACACCGACCCCGUGUGGCAGGUGAAGUGGCAGAAGGACGACAUGGACAACAAUCACAACUUCUUCUCUGUGUCGUCUGAUGGCCGUGUGGUGUCAUGGACUCUUGUCAAGAAUGAGCUGGUCUUCACAGACAUCAUCAAGCUGUCAUUGGAGGGAGCUGUGUCAGAAGGACCAGAAGGCGUGCAACUUCCCAUCAUGGCUUGUGGAACAUCCUUCGACUUCCACAAACAGAUUGAGUACCUCUUCCUGGUUGGCACGGAGGAGGGCAAGAUUCACAAGUGCUCCAAGGCCUACUCCAGCCAGUUCCUGGAGACUUACAAUGCCCACAACAUGGCAGUGGACGCAGUUAAGUGGAACCACUUCCACACAAAGGUCUUUAUAUCCUGCAGUUCUGAUUGGACCGUCAAGAUCUGGGACCACACCAUCAGGACCCCAAUGUUCACCUUUGACCUGAACGCCUCUGUGGGAGAUGUUGCAUGGUCUCCUUACUCCUCCACUGUCUUCGCUGCAGUCACCACUGAUGGCAAGGUUCACAUAUUUGACCUUAGCAUCAACAAAUAUGAGGCCAUCUGCCAGCAGCCGGUGGUGGCCAAGAAAAAGACUAAGCUAACUCACAUUGAGUUUAACCCUGUCUACCCCAUCAUCAUCGUGGGAGACGACCGAGGCUAUGUCACCAGCCUCAAGCUCUCGCCUAACCUGCGCAAAAAACCCAAGGAGAAGAAGGGUCAGGAGCUGCCCAAGGGGCCUGAGGUGGAGAUCGCCAAGAUGGAGAAGCUGCUGAGUUUACUGCGGGAGCCAGAAAUCAGCAAUGCUUAGAAACUAUGACCACACCAUGCAGGACUGCAGUCGCCCACUGUUUUACUACUGCACUCCAGUUAUAAACCCACUACCAUUCAUGCCAUAUUACUACUGUCUUCUAAAGCUGCAUACUAUAAAGCCACCGUUCCUUCCCAUGUUGAAGUACUGUGCUGUCUAUUGAAUCUGUGCUAUCUAGCCUACUGUUUUUCUCACACUUGCACUGUGCACUAUACUAAACAUAUACACAACUGUAAAGUAGUCUGUGUGCAACCAGCAAAGUCUCCUUUACCUGAUGCAGCAAAACCACUCAAGCUUUGGGUUAUUUUUUUUUCGAAAACAGAGUAGUUCAGUUUGUUUGGAAAUAUUAAUUAAAACGAAUUAUCAUUC